CUCUGUCUCAUAGGCUGUGAUUUUAAACAUGGCCUUAUUUAUGUUGUUGUUGUGUACAUGCUCUAUACUUUGCCAAUGUAAAGGAUACGAGUUAGUUUUUCAACCUACGCCGGUGAUCCCAGCACAGCUGCAGGAGAUUGCCCGUUUCUUUGUACGGGUUGGAGACACGCUGAAUAUUAGCUGCAAAGUUGAGUCUGGAGAGAACAAACCAACACCAAAGUUUAACAUAACCUGGCGAUUGCCCUUCAAUCCACAGAACAGUAAGCAUCGAGUACAAAUAAAACAAAUGUGGAACGAAGCAAAUUUACUAAUACAAAACCUGCAGGAAAGAGAUACUGGUAACUACACUUGCGAAGCUGUCGAGGAAUUAGGAAGAGUUACCUUAAGUGCAUUCGCCUUUGUUAGUGUGAAGAACAAAAAGUCACACUGUUCAGCUGACAAAAUGUUUUUGUGUUCAUCGGGUGCGUGUAUUCUGAGAAGAUACGUGUGUGAUGGUCGAAUUGAUUGCAAGGAUGGAGCUGAUGAGUUACCAGUUCAUUGUGGUCCCGAUCCUUGUGAGGGUAGACAACAGUGUGAUGAUGGUCGAUGCAUACCUAGUGCAUGGUGUUGUGAUGAAUAUCAAGAUCCAAACUGUAAUGUUAGCAUCAAGCCCUCAUGUUGUCCAAAGACCAUUAUGGACCAUGAUCCAUCAAUGUAUGAUGAAAUGAGAUUCAAUGACAUGGGUUUCCUCCAAACUACUAUAUACACAGUCAUUGGUUGUGCAACAGCUUUCAUGUUCAUCGUGAGUAUCCUGGUGAUAGCCAUCUGUCGCGUGCAUAUGAAGCGAUCGCUCCUUUCCCGGUGCCCCGCGGGGUCCAGGCUAGGAGGUGGUUUCCCACCUCCUCCUCUCCGUGGUGUGGGACAUCCACAUCAUCAUGUCCCCCUGUAUGACUUGGAUGUCUUCUUGAAUCGGUCUCCUUAUUCUACAGCUGAUGUCUCAUCACCUGGUCCAGGAUCUCUCUUAGUAACAUACAAUAUUAACAAUGGUAUUCAGUUUGUAGGGCGACCUGUGGAUCCACCUCCCUAUAGUGAAGUGGUAGCAUCACCUCCACGAGAAGGUCCUCCACCUCCUUAUGCAUCUCGUGAAAGCCUUGCAAGAACUAUUGCUGCUGUGCCAGUAACUGAAGAUGAUGAUGAUGUGGAGAUUGCCGAUGAGGCUGACUUACUGUUGGCUAAUACUGCUGCAACAGGACCCACCCCUUUGAUACACCAAAGUGGCAGUACUUUGCAGGUUACUAUUGUACAUCCUCCAGCUCCUGCAUCCUGUGUCACAACAUCAGACAGUUCGGAAGAAAGUGAAAGUUCAUAUUUACAAGGAACAGCAGCUGCGACAGAGGAAUUCCGGCCACUGCUAGAUGCUCCAACAUCCCCAACUUCGAAGGUACCCGAUUUCUCUUCAGCGGAUUCUCCUCCUGGUCCCGGCUGCCUGAGGGAGAGUUUCAUUGGCUUAAGGGACAAUGUUUCAUUGGGAGAGGCUAUUGCUGCACCUGAUGCCAAAAUGAGCCAGGCUCUUAGAAUAAGAGAAGAAUUCUUGAACGGUAGUAACACAACAGUGUCAGUUGCUCAUGCACAGUGCAGUGGUGGAAAUGAAAUUACUGCUGUUACUGUUGGUUCAAACCAUUGAAGUGUUUAAUGUGGACAUUUUUUUCUGUGAAUUUGCUUGCUACUUAGAGAAAUCCUAUGGUUCCCUGUGCCAGAGCCAGCCAUUUGCAUUGAAAGAUUGUGUACAAAGUUCAAUUUUCUAUUUUUAUGAGAGACACUAGUAGUGCGGCAUGUCUGGAGUCAUUGUCUCACAUUAAUUGUAUGUAGCAUGUGGUACAUUGCUCAUUAUUUGCUACCAUAAUGUCACACAUUGUGGUGCAGAUCAGAAUCAGCACAUCCUUCAUCAAAUGAAUAACCUGUGUAACUUCUUGUAUCUUCUGCAUACUUAAAGCUUGCAUCUAACAGUAGUGUCACUUUUACAGCGUGUAGCGAAUAAAACUGACAUCUGUGAUGCCUUCCUUUUUAAUGACUUUUGACAAGAUUUAGUGUAAAAACAGUGCACUUUAAAUCUUCACUUUCAAGAUUUUCUCACAGUAGUCAUGUUUCUGGUCAAGAUUGAGUCAGCUCAACUUAGUUCUGGCAACUGAGAAAUUUAUAUGUAAUGAUCUGUUUAACAAUCGUCUUUCACAAUUAUAUAUUUUAUUAUUAUUUGUAGUUUUAUGAGUACUUGUAUCAUGACAUCCUGUAAAGGAAAUGAAAUUUUCACAGGACAAAAAAGUUUUUUUAUCACAAACAAAUGUUAAAAUGUUGGGCUUAAUAGUGAGUCACUGUAUUUUCAUGAGUAAAUUAUGAUAUGAGACUGUAAAUUAUGUUGUUGUUAAUGAGAGAAGUAAGUGAAGUUUAGUGCUCAUGUUAUGAGUAGUCAGUCAAUAUGUAAAGGCAGUUUCCAUGACAGUAAGGUGCCUACUGUUUCAUUGGUCUCCUACACUUGGAUCAAUGCUUAUGUACUGUUUUUAUACAAUUUGUUGAGUACAGUAUUUGUGAACUCCUACUUAGUUUUCCUGUUAAUAUAAAAGACUUGUUUGCAGUUCUGUUGUACAAGUUUCCAUUUUCUGCUGUGUUCUAUGAAUAAGGAAAGAAAGGUAUGCUGUGUGAUGGAAACUUGAACUUUGGUACUGUAUUGUAAUCAUGCAGUUGAUUUUUGAAUAUCUGUACAGCACUCUUAUCAUUGCCUUGUUGUGUAGUCAUUCCAACUACUUGUAUUUAGCACCCUUUCACAUGUUUGUUAUUGAUCUGAAAACGGGAGUUGUGUCAGAUUUACAAAACACUCAGAUUUUUUCAAAUGUCAAUUUCUAUGACUCAAAGAAAACCCCCCCCCCCCCUCCCCCCAGCAACACUUUACUGUUUUUUCUGUUAUUCAUUUUUUACUGAAUAUCAAUCUAAAGUUGUUGUAUUUGGUAUGUAUGAAGUAGCUGUUUUAUACACAGUAUCGCAUUUUCAAGAAGUGGUACAAGUUAUUUAUCUUUAACGUAUAGUGUAAACUUAAAAAACUGUAAUUGUUAUAACAUUUAUUCCAUUACAAUGAGGUCAAGUGUUGAGAACUUUAAUUCUCUAUCUUGUUGAGCAUAUGCCUCCUAUGGAUGCUUUCCUAGAUGUAGGAUGUUGAUAAAAUGAUUUUUGAAAUAUUGAAAUCAAGGAUACAAAUAAUAAACUUUCCGUAACUGGAACUUUUGUAGUUAGGGGCCCCAAAGUUACAGACUAUUUAAUAUGUUUUGAAAUCAAGUUCCUAGAUAGUGUAACUGUUAAACCAUAAGUACUGUUUCUUGUAAAGAAACUCAUUGUGAAGAAGUCAGCAUUUGCCUUCCAUACCACUGUCACCAACAUUACCACCACCACCACCAUCACCACCACAAGUUAACGGAAAGGUAUAAAUUUGGAUGUUAGCAUAAGAGGACCUGACGACUGUUUGCAAAUUAGUCUGCUAAUACUGUAUCAAAACACUAUGAACAAAUGUUAAUGUGUAUAAAUGUGAUGGAACAUCUGAACUAUUGGAAACAGUAAUAAUACCAUGGACAGGCUAAUUGCCUCAGAACUGAGAGAUUGUAAGUUUUAUUGGGAAUGAUGAAUCUGAAGCAAGAAUUAAUAAACAAGAAGGAGGAUAACAUUAAUCGUUACUGAAUGGUAUGUCGUAGCAGAUGAGUUGUGGAAACAAAAAUUUGCUUAAUGUUUGUAUAUUGCAACACAAAUCUCGCAAUUCAGUUGCUGUGUCACUUUCUGUCUUGCCCUUAACUGAUAGAACAACUUUUAAUGCACAGUUUCAGUCUUUGGUAAACCAUUUGGCACACACAAAAUUGGGUGUGGUAGUUGCUACAUUCAAAAUGACAAAAACAGGUCCACCUUUCUUGUCUGUUUACUCGCUAAAAUGUUGCUUUUGUGUUCAUUAGUGGGAAGCUGAGCCCUUAAUGUACUGCUGAUAGCUACAUUUUUACUAAAUAUAUAAUGUCCUGUCCAGAUUUUCAUCCAUUACAUGAAGCUGAGGUGGAUUUUUACAAGAUGCAAAAGUGACAGUAGUGUCAUGAAUCUAAUUCUUGUUUCACUUACCACAUUUUAAAUAGAAAUUUCUGCAAGUUUAUACUGGAGAGUUUUACAGUGGAACAGCUGUCACACAGGUAGAUCAUUAUAUAUGGCAGUUUGGUAAAAUAUCUGAUAAAAGUACAUGUUAGUAUUCAACGAGGCAAUAGGCGUGUACAAAAUUUUCCACCAAGUAAUGUGUUAAAUAGUUUGACUGAGAUAGGUUUCUUAUAUCUUUAUACAUCUCUGAAGUGUCACAAAACUAUGAAUCUCAGCCUUGUAAUUAAGCAAUAAUAACCUGAAAGGUAUUAAUGAAUAUUCUGUUUCAUUGUAGACAGUUACGUUGAACGCUAAACAGAAUUUGUUUAUUAGGAUUUGACUGCUGUACUCGUUAAAAAAGAGAAGUUAAGUUUGUGUGUUUCUUGCUCUCAUUCCAUUGCUUAACCGUUUCUUUGUGUUCCAUGUCAACAUGUAUAAGUGCAGGAUUAACAUUAUAUUAUACUUUCUGGUGCAAAAUGCGGGCAUUACAAAGAAUACAGAAUGGGAAGAUGGAGCAGUACUUACUGCAUGGAAAUUUAUGCAGGGACAUUAAUAAUAUGUGUUUUACUGAAUAAAUGUUACAAAUAGCUUAAAAGUUUUUCACUGUCUCAGGGAACCACUGAAGGCCAAUCUGACUCUACUUAACAAAAUUGAACAACUUAGUGUUACUUUGUUAUGUAUUUCCUAAACUAUGAUAUAGCUGUAUUGUCAAAUUGUGAAUAUUUUUGAGAAAGAUGUAUUUUUCCUUUGUUCCUGGCACACAGAUGAGGUGGCUGAGGCAACUUAGCAGUGUAUGCACAUUUUAAUUUCCUUUUGUAAAUUCUUUGUAAAGCACUCUAUGAAUUUUAAGCUGAUUAGUAUUCAAAAAUAAGUUUCUGUGAUGGUGCUGUCAGGAGCAUAUUAUAAAUUGGUUGCAUAGAUUUUGUCAUCCUAUUUGAUUGGAGGGUAAGCUGUGGAAUGUUAACGAAAAUAACCAAGCUGAAUCAGUGCAGAUGUCAUUGAUGGUUGAUGCACUAUGAGUAAAGGAAGUGUGAAAACAAUCACACAUAAAAUACACAGUGUUAGGAUUACAGUUUUAUUUUAUGUGUUUUAUGUAAGCCCAAUUUAUUUCUGUACCAGAAUGUACUUAGCACACAUCAUCCCGGUGAUAUUAAGGUAGCUGAAAUGUACCUGCUUACCAUUGUAUAUACUGUUACUCCCUUCACAGGAGCAAAAGUGUUAAUAGAAGGGGUGGAAAUAUUAUGAAGAUAUAAAAGGAAAACUGAUCAGAAAGAGCUAAUACCUCUUGAUAACUUCAGGAAGUCUGUGAAGAUAGUACAUUAUCUAGACUACUAAGUAAUGUUUUCUGUAUUGUUUUCUCUUAAGCUCCGCAGUGAAUAUUUUUUUGAAUGAUGGGUAGGUAUUUCUUGUUUAUUAAGCAUUGUCUGUAAAACUCAUUGUAUGUAUGUGUAAAAAUUAAUGGUACUUUUAUUUAAGCCAGUUCACCCACAUGCAAGAACUCAAGAAAAAUGUCAAAUUUUGCUUGCAAAUUGAGGGGAACAGGUGUUGUGUUUCUUAGGAAAUAAAGAAGGCAGCUGCAUUUAUUAUGUUUUUGUGGUGAAAUAAUGGAACAGAAAAUGGAAGCUUUUCAUGCCUGAUAUAUUGUAAAUGUAUGAUACAAGACAUGUGGUACAUUGUUGAGAGUACUCACUUCACCACAAAAGGAAAAAAAUGGAAUUUCUUGUAAAUGCAUAGUUCCUCUUUUGUGGAACGGUCACAUCCUGUGUGAAGAACAAUGUAGCAGAUCUUCUUUAUGUGACUUCCUGGGUACAGAGAAACAAAGAGGGGUCACACAUCUGUUUCACUAGUAGACAAUACAUGUAGGUGCUAAUAUUUCCACGUUUAUAUGAAGUUAAAUUUAUACAACAAAUUAUUCAAAACAAAGUUGAACAUUUUAACUAUGUUAUUCUAAAUAAUAGAACUGUGAAACCGGAAAGUUUUACCUGUUAAUAAUGUGAAUAUUUAAAGCUUUAUAAAAUAUAAGUGACCUGUAAAAAUGUAUAUAAUUACAGCCUGUUAAAAGUUAACAGCUGUCUUUUAUAAAUGUAUUUUAUUAAGUACUUGAAUAAGCCUAUACAGCUUGUAAUUAAUUGUUGUGUAAGUUCCUGCCAGUUUAUCAGAAGUGUUAAAUACACUAAAAUUACUCAGAUUGUACCUGCUUUACUUCAGAGAAGUGACUGCUUUAUUUUUGAGUUCAUUUUUUUAGUAUCACAAGGUUUUAACCUUAUCAUUUUUCUUCUUUUUCUGAGUGCUUUAAGUUUAUUAAAAGUUUGUGUGGUUGCUGCUGACACUAAACAUUGUAUAUUUUGAGUAUCCUCUCAUUUUUAGCUUUUGUUUAAUUCUUAGAAAAUACUUGCGGAAAAGUAAGUCCUCUUCAGCGUUCUGUUGGCAGAUGAAGUGUAGGAACUCAGUGAAUCAUCAAAGAGGGUUGUCAGCUACACACAUUGUGUUGUUCGCUGGUAACACUGUUAUAAAAUACAGUGUUUGUAUUGUAAUUUGUCUUAGUCAUCAGACAACUGUAUAUCAUUAUGCCUCCUGGUAACAAGUACAUGAAUGACUUUCCAAUAACAUCUGCAGUUUCCUUAAGUAAAAAAUGAUUAAUUUUUUUUAUUCAUUUAAUAUUUGGAAGGGAAGCUCUCCCAACUCAGUCUUUGAAAUAUUUACAAGCAUUAUUAAACAGAAUCAGGUCACUUUUCUGUGAAAUGCACGUGCAGUAGUUCAUCACUUUUUCUUUAAUACAUAUCAUUGAGAUUUAAAAUUGUAAUGUAUUAGGCAAAAAGAUUUACUGAAAGCUUGAUUUGUAAAUAUCUCAAUUUUUAACGAUCAUCAUUAAUGCCUUAAAACAAUUUACAGAACUUUAGAAAAGCUAUAGAAUACUUUAUUCUAACUAGAAAUAGUGUGUUUAUGCGCACAUGAAUGGGUCUGGUAUGUGGUAAGAUGGUUUAUGUUACCAUGGAGUUUAUUUUUCCCUGAAAUGCUAAUAUUUAAAAUGUUAUACAAUGAAAUAUUGGAAUGCUAUCUAAAAUUAUUUUUAUUCUGAAUAAAAGUGAACUAUAGGAUGCAUUUAUACAGUAAUUACCAAUACUUUGUUGUGUGCGGAAGUGGAGGCAUGAGGAUUAUCAUUUGCAUUGACAUUGCCUUAUUGUAUUGACCAUGCUUGAAAAGCAUUUUUGGUGAACGUUUGUGUUCUAAUCAACGAAUAUUGCAGCAUUGUUUAUACAAUAUAUGCAAAGAAAAAGAGAAACAAUCUACUUGUACUGUCCAUGUUGUUAUGUCUAUAUAGUUUAAUGUGAUGUUAAUAGAGAUCACACAUUACACUAGAAAUUUUUAUUCACUUGUAAAUAUGAUCCUUUCUUUGAAAUAUAUAUUUUUCCUUUAA